AUGGGAAGUGUUUUUUUACCGCAUUUGAAAACAGGAUGGCACGUGGACCAGGCCAUUCUAUCAGAGGAUGACAGAUUAGUGGUGAUCCGUUUUGGAAGGGAUAGCGACCGCGAUUGCAUGAUCAUGGACGAGCAGUUGUUUGCUAUUUCUGAGAAGAUCGUCAAGUUCGCGGUGGUUUAUUUGUGUGACAUCGACCAGGUCCCGGACUUCAACACCAUGUACGAGCUGUAUGAUCCGAUGACCAUCAUGUUCUUCUUCAGAAACAAACACAUGAUGUGCGAUUUUGGAACAGGCAACAACAACAAGCUGAAUUUUGUGCUGGACACCAAACAAGAGCUGGUGGACAUUAUCGAGACGAUAUACCGUGGAGCAGUUAAGGGCAAGGGUCUUGUGAUCAGUCCGAAGGACUACAGUGGUAAGGUUCAUGGCCAGUGA